CGUGACGUCAUCAGUGACGUCACGCACCGCGGGUUUCCCCUUUUUCAUUUCCGGGUUUGGUCACGACUUUUGGGAAGCCAUGCACGUUUUCUAAGACUGACGUCGAAAAUGGUCACAACACAAGUAGUGUGAAUAACUCUGCCACUGUAAGUUUAAAGCACCUUUAACACCUGUUAGUCAAACACCAUUGGAACCAUGGCUACCCCCUCCCACCAACCGAUCGACCCCUCCAUCAACAUCUGUGACAUCAAGCCGUACUCCGUGUUCAAGGACCUCUGUAACCUCCUGGACCGGCCUCCAUGUAGCUGGAGGAACCUUCUGGACGUCAUACCUGACAAGAUGUACAAAAAACAUGAGAUCGAGCAGAAGUUUGGCAUGGCGACCCUACAGAGCGGAGGCAGUCCCAGUAAACUGCUGUUACAGGACCUCGGCAGGAGGGGGAAGACUGUACGCCAACUCAUCUCCUAUCUGGAGAAACUGCAGCACGAGAGGGCGCUCAUGCUGCUCAAACAAGAAGAGCAGUUACAGAUCACCCGCCAGCCCGAGUCAGUGUCAUCCAUGGAGGGGGACGCAGUAGAGCUGAAGUGUCAGGCUGUCGGAUUCCCGUACCCACGCUACCAGUGGUACCACGGCAACCGGGAGAUCGCCACGGGAAUGGACAGCGUGCUGCGACUGGAGGAAGUCUGUCCCGAAGACGCGGGGCAGUACAUCUGUAGGAUCCAUAAGGUAUCCUCGAGGGACCCCAGGAAGCCGCAGAGCUAUGUCUUCACCGAAUGGGUCCAGCUGACAGUCAUUCCAACAAAUGCCUCAGAGCAGUAUGAUGACCCUCCCCACAUUGCCGUGCACCCCUCCCCCGUGAGAGUAGCGCUGAGCGGACCGGUCAGCCUGUCCUGUGGAGCUCGGGGAAAACCUGCACCAUUCUACCAGUGGUACAAGGACAAAGUACUGCUGCAGGGGGAGACCAGGAGGGAGAUAUAUUAUGACCAGGCCAAAGCCUCAGACCAGGGAGUGUACACCUGUCGGGUGUGGAACAGGGUAGGAGAGGUGUGGUCACAGGGGGCACAGGUCACCGUGGCGGUACCUGCAGUGACCCAGUCCUGUGCUCCAGGUAUCCCAGAGAUCGUGAUGCCUCCAGUGUCUGGAGACUGUGUGUUAGGUGGAACAGCUAAGUUCAUAUGUGAGGCAAGAGGACACGGCCAGCUGUUUUAUCAGUGGUACAAGAAUGGAAAACCUGUGCCAGGUGGGGACCGCAGCACCCUGUGUAUCCCGCGGGUCACAUUAGACGUUCUCGGCUCAUACCAGUGUCGGGUGUCGAACUCUGCCGGGGACGUCAUGUCCAAACCUGUGUGGCUCAAACUGCCAGAAAAAGAUGUAGACUACGGCCCAGAGAAACCAGUUGAACGAUAUUAUGCUACGGACAAGGUUGCACUCGUCAUCGGCAACCAGUAUUACCGCAACCAGGACAACCUGGAGGCCUCCAUCAACGAUGCCUACACCUUGUCCAACAUCUUAAGAAACGAGCUGGACUUUAAGGUGGUGUCCCUGACUAACCUGGAUCUACAGGACAUGACGAACGCUGUGCAGGCAUUCUGUGAGCUGCUGAACGAAGGAGUGUAUGGUGUGUUCUACUAUGGUGGCCACGGCUAUGAGAACUUGGGACAACAGUUCAUGAUGCCCAUCGACGUGCCCGCCACCUACCGAGCCUCGGACUGUGUGUGUGCUCAGAUGGUGCUGAAGAAGAUGCAGGAGAAAAGUACAGGCCUCAACCUGCUCCUGUUGGACAUGUGUAGGAUGAGGAAUAAGGACUGUUCUCAGCCACCCUCCGAAGCCUGGGACAUCGAGAGGCCGAGGGGGAACGUGGUGUUUGGCUUUGCUACUUGCUCAAACGCUGAGGCCUUCGAAGUCCAAGGAGAACGGAACGGUAUCUUCAUGUCAUACCUGAAGAGGUACAUCACCCAGCCACUACGGGUCACUCACAUGCUGGAGCAGGUCCAGAAAGGUGUUGGACAGGACAAACAGGCGUCCCAUGUCCAGUUCCCACAGAUCAUGGCUGACCUGCGUGAGGACAGGACGUUACGGGACCCAAUCAGCUUCCACGGCCACACGCAGGAGUUCUGUGUCAGGAACCAGAGAUGGGCGGCAGCACAUGAGCUUCCAGAAGCCAUCAACAUCUGCUUCCAGAGCUGUGGGGUUCACGUCAAGCUCGGUUUCUUUGCUGAGUUCUCCAAUGUCAUGGUCAUGUACCUGACUGUGCUGGACCUGGGCAAGACAAAGCAAUGUCUCCCGUCCCUACGGGACUUCCCUCCGGAGGUUGAAAUUGAUGUCAAGUUCUCCAACAAGGACAGAGUUGAGGACAUAGGCUGUUGCAGCAACAUGGUGACUCACUUCCAAAACCCACCCAAGGACAUCAACAGUGUGUUCACUCGGGUCAUGGACAUACAGAAGAUCAAGGGUAACAAUCUAGAGCUGUCUCUGUUCCUGGAUUACAUGAUCGACGGUGAGACACUACAGGAGAGCCACCCCAUCCUCAUCCCCAAACCCCUGGUCUCCAAGAUGCCCAUCUGGCAGAACCCCCUCCCUCCUCGGCCCCUCCCCCCUCACCUGUACCCGGAGGGGGGCUUUGCAAACCCCUCCUUCCAGCAAUACCCCCCUCAGCAGUACCCCCCUCAGCCCUUCCCGGAGUACCAGUUGGGACCCAGGAUUGCGAGGGAGUCAGAGUACGAUUUUGAUGAGAAGACAUUAGACGAUCUUAACCUCAACACGUAGAGUUAGAAUUCUGAGUUAUGUUUUUCUUUUACUGCGUGGUUACAUUAUGACAUCGUACAACUUUCCACCAGGCUAUAAGACCAUUGAUAUGGAUCUAAGACAGCAUUUUUGGUAAGACAGAAUGUUAUUCAUUCCUUCCACAUUUCCACCUUGCUGAAUUUUUUAAAAGAAGUGUCCGAGAUUCGAGGAAAUUAAUCGAUUAUCCUUACAUUGACGUGUACAUUCUCCUAGUAUGGAAAAGAUAUUUCAGAGACUCUAUGAAAAAUAUGGGCAAAGUGUAUCAGUGAAAAAAGUUAUGAUAGCAAUUGUGGAUAAUGCCCUUGUCAGAACCCUAAAUAUAUAAAAUGUGACACAACUUAUUCAUGUAUAUAACCAGAGUUGUGCUUUCAGACGUUAGAUUUUCUUUUAAAGCUUUUCUUUUAAAGAAAGAUAUUUUACCAGUUAGGUAGAAGAUGUGUAGUCUUACUGUGUUAAACAUGUAGGAUAUUCAAAGCUUGAUAACUUUUGUACAUGUGGUUGAAAGAUGAAUACUUGGUACCAAUUCUGUUACAUUUACCAUUUUAUGGCUCUUGGGUAUUUCAAUGUUUUAUAUAAAUGCAAAACCACAAUGCUUGGUAUUAUACGUUCAACCAUGGUCACAAAUCUCUGAAACCUCUUACCUGUCAUUUGGUGGAAAAUAAAUUCAUAGAUAAUUUUUGGA